CCAGGAACAACAGGGGCGUAAAACUGGUAAAACCGACCGCUCCAGGUCUGACUAGCCUCUCUCUUCUCGUUCAGGACACAAUGAGCGAUUCAGAGAUUUUGCAGCUCCGCGAGAUAGACUCCACGGUCCGCAGGACCAGAGCUGAACAGAACCAGCAGCAGCGGGACAGUGAUGGGGAGGAGGCCGCUCUGAACGCGCUCCAGAGCCGCGAGCACAAGCCGCUGAUGGGCGAGAGCGCAGUGCUGAUUCUGCUGCUCGGGUUCGGGUUUCUGCUGUGGAUUCUGGUUCUGAUCUCAGACCAGCAGCUAAUCACCAGCAGCCCGGGACACUUCAGCUCCGUCCGCGCCAGGAAGCACCUGGAACAGAUCACCAGCAUCGGGCCGAGGACCGUCGGGAGUCCAGAGAACGAGAUCACCACAGUCAACUACCUGCUGGAUCAGAUCGAGCAGAUCCGGUCUGAGAGUGAAACCGGACCUCACUUCAUCAAGGUGGACAUCCAGCGGCCCAGCGGCUGCUUCUUCUACAGCUGCUACGACCGUGUAACCAACGUCGCCGUCAAACUUGAGCCAAAGACCACUGCACAGCACUUCAUGCUUGCAAAUUGCCACUUCGACUCUGUGGCCAACAGCCCCGGAGCCAGUGAUGACGCCGUGGGUUGUUCAGUAAUGCUGGAGGUUUUACAUUCUCUAGCGAAUCUCUCCACGCCUCUCAAACACGGCGUUAUCUUCCUGUUCAACGGGGCUGAGGAGACCAUGCUGCAGGGUAGUCAUGGCUUCAUUACCCAGCAUCCCUGGGCUCAGCAGGUGCGAGCAUUUGUGAACCUGGAUGCGGCAGGAGUGGGAGGGAAUGAGCUGGUGUUUCAGACAGGUCCGGAGAACCCGUGGCUGGCCCAGGCUUACGCCCGUGCCGCUGUUCACCCGUUCGCCACAGUGGUUGGUCAGGACAUUUUCCAGAGCGGACUCAUUCCUUCAGACACAGACUUCCGCAUCUUCAAGGACUUUGGGAAUAUUCCUGGAAUUGAUCUUGCGUUCAUAGAGAACGGUUUCAUCUAUCACACUAAAUAUGACACUCCUGGGCGAAUCCACACCGACUCCAUCCAGAGAGCAGGCGACAACAUCCUCUCCGUCCUCAAGCACUUGGUGAUGUCAGAUGAACUGGCGGAUUCCUCUAAAUAUCGCCAUGGUACCAUGGUGUUCUUCGACAUGCUUGGAUUGAUGAUGGUGGCAUAUCCUGCUCACGUCGGCACUGUUAUCAACUACCUGGUGGCUGUCGCCGCGGUGAUCUACCUGGGCGGGAAAUGCUUGUUAACCAGCAGUGUGGGGUGUAGGUCGGUGCGUCACAUGACCUGUGCAGCUGGCCGGUACAUGCGUGAUCUGGUGUGUGCGAUGUGUGUGCUGGUCUUGAGCUGGAUCUUCUCUCUGCUAAUGGUUCUGCUCGUGGCUUGGCUCAUCAUGCUGAUGGGCCGCUCCAUGUUCUGGUACAGUCACCUAUAUGCAGCCACCUAUCUGUAUGGACCCGCCGCUGUCGGCAUUCUCCUGCUGAUCCACACGCUGCUGAAGAACCGCUGCUACAGGAGCAUGAGUCGUGUGGAUCUGGCCGAGCUCUUCUUUGAUGGCAGUCUGCUGCUGUGGUGUUUUGUGCUGCUCUUCUUCACUCACCGUGGAUGGGGUUCAGCAUAUGUGCCCAUGAUGAUGGUGCUGUUCCCGCUUAUCAGCAAACUGCUGCUCACAAAGCUCUUCAGAGCCAGAGGAGCAUCUCUUCAGUACUCCAUCCUGUACCUGAUGGGUCUUGCUGUGCCGUAUGUCUACAUCAUGUUCCUCAUCCGGGUGGUUUUUGUGGUCUUUACACCCAUUCAGGGCCGCAGCAAAGACGAAAUCCCACCCGACAUCAUCCUGGCGUCACUUGUUACCCUGGCAACCAUAAUUCUGUCUUCCUAUUUUAUUCACUUCAUCUAUCUGUCCCACAGUACGAAGCGGGUCUUGGCUGUUCUGGGGUCAGUGUUCACGCUGAUGUUUGUUCUGGUCAGCUGUGGUCUGUUCUUCCCGUAUUCUGCCGACCCAUCCAGCCCACGACCCAAACGUGUCUUUGUCCAGCACAUCACUCGCAGCUUCCACACACUGAACGGAUCGCUGCAGAGCUCCGACUCUGGCUUCUGUAUCAGCAAUCUGGAUUACACCGGCAUGCAGCACAUCACUCCACACAUCCCACAGAUCAACGACAGCAUCAGCACACACUGUCAGGACUGGCUGCCCUACUACGGCUUCCCAAGGAAGAGCUGGUAUCUUCCGGCUCCUGAAGUCUCUCCUAAAGGUCCGCUGGAGGUCCAGCUCUUAUCCAGACAGCAGACUCAAUGGGGAACCAUCAAAAUGAGCUUUGAGGUCAAAGGUCCGAGUCACAUGUCUCUGUAUCUGCGUCCUCACGCUGAAGCGUCUCUGACUGGCUGGUCUUUCAGCGGCUGGAGGGAAAUUGGAGGGAGGUUCAUAUUUUAUACUCACGGCCUCGACGCAAUAUCCUGGACCUUCUGGAUUGAGAUCUGGACGCUCAAGUCCUCAGAGGAGUCUCCUGAUGAGGGCUUGAUCUCUCUGAUCAUCUCCGCUCAUUAUUUAUCUGGUUCAGACGGCCGUUCAGAGCCGCUCGAGUCCUUCCUGAAGAGAUUCCCAGCCUGGGUGUUCUCAUCCUCAUGGAUCAGCACGUACCACGUGUACAGAUACUGAGGGACACACAAACACACCCUCACACACUGGUUUCCUUUUUUUAUGGGGACAUUCCACAGGUGUAAGGGUUUUUCUACUGUACAAAGUGUAUUUUCUAUCCUCUUACCCUAACCCUAGACCUAAACCUACCCCUUGCACAAAACGUACGGAUUUUCAAAGCACUUUAUUAUGUGAUUUAUUAGCUUGUUUCCUAAUGGUGUUGUUUCUAAUGGUUUUGUUUCCAAAAAUGUCCCAACAAGGUUCAAAUUUUAUGGUAGAAAUAUAUUGGC